AUGGAGUCCCACAGGUUGGGACUAUUGGAAGGAAAUGAGAGGGAUAGGGUUUCAUUGCUGGCCGUCAAAGCUCAAAUAAAGGAAGACCCUCAUAAUGUCUUGAGUUCAUGGAAUGAUUCCAUCCACUUUUGCAUGUGGCAUGGCGUUACCUGCAGCAAAAGGCAUCAUCAAAGGGUCACUGUGCUCAACUUUGAGUCCCAAAACUUGGUGGGCUCCAUAUCCCCACACAUUGGAAACCUAAGCUUCCUAAGGGAACUUCGCCUCCAUCACAAUAGCUUUGGCCAACAAAUCCCUGCUGAAAUUGGGCGUUUGCGUAGGCUGCAGGUAAUAUUACUACUCAACAACUCACUCAGUGGCCCUAUCCCUACCAACGUUUCCAAUUGCUUCAAUCUCAACUAUAUUCAUAUUGGUUACAACAGCUUAGUGGGUAAAAUUCCUUCACAGCUGGGCUCCUUGUCCAAGCUUCAAAUAUUUGUUUUAGAGUGUAAUAAUUUAACAGGAGAGAUCCCUCCUUCCUUGGGAAACCUUUCAUCUCUUGAGAGGUUUGGUGCAUAUAACAAUAGCUUGUUGGGAAGCAUACCUAGUUCUUUAGGCAGAUUGAAACAUUUAAAAUCUUUGGUAUUGGAUUUGAAUCGAUUGUCUGGCACCAUCCCUCCCUCCAUCUUUAACCUCUCCGCUCUUGCUACUUUUUCUGUCUCAAUAAACCAAAUUCAAGGGAGUCUUCCCUCAGACUUGGGAAUAACACUUCCUAAUCUCCAAAACUUUCACUGUUUUUCGAACCAAUUUACCGGACCAAUUCCUCUGUCAAUAUCCAAUGCCACAAAUCUGGCCAGAUUUAUUGUUGCAGAGAACAAAUUAUCUGGGCAAGUGCCGAGUUUGCGAAACCUUCAUAAGCUUCAACACUUCAGUAUUAACGAAAAUUAUCUUGGAAGUGGUACUUAUGGUGACUUGAGCUUCAUCUCAGACUUGACCAAUGCCACAAAGUUAGGGGAGUUGUUUUCAGGCCUUAACAAUUUUGGUGGCACUCUGCCCCCAUCAAUAUCCAAUCUCACAACAGAGCUUACAAUGCUGGGGGUCCAAGCAAACCAACUACAUGGAGACAUCCCAGUUGGGAUUGGGAACCUGAUCAACUUGGAAUCAUUGAGUUUGAGAAAUAAUCACUUCACAGGUAGCAUCCCCAGGGACAUUGGAAAGUUAUCAAGUCUAGUGCUGUUGCGUCUUGGACACAAUGAAUUAUCAGGGAGCAUCCCAUCCUCUCUAGGAAAUUUAACCAUGCUAAUCGCUCUCCAAUUGCAAGCAAACAACCUUCAUGGCAACAUCCCUUCAAGCCUAGGGCAAUGCCUCAGGCUGCUGAGAUUGAAUCUUUCCCAAAAUAACCUCGACGGUGCAAUACCUCGCCAAAUUUUUGGCCUCCCCUCCUUGUCCAUUUCUCUAGACUUGUCCAGAAACCACUUGACUGGUUCCCUUCCUGUGGAGAUUGGAAAGCUAAAGAGCCUAGGUGUACUGGAUGUUUCUGAUAACAUGCUAUAUGGAGAGCUUCCCAGUAGCCUUGGUAGUUGUUUGGGUUUAGAAGUCCUACACUUGCAGGGCAACUUCUUCAAUGGGAUAGUUCCUUCAUCUAUGGCUUCAUUGAGAGGGAUUCAAGAUUUAGACCUUUCUCGCAACAAUUUUUCUGGCGAAAUUCCAAGGUUUUUAGAGGGCUUUGACUUCUUGAAGAAUAUGAACUUAUCUUUCAAUGAACUUUGGGGAGCAGUUCCAACUGAAGGUGUUUUUAAAAAUGCUAGUGCAACUUCUGUUGUUGGAAACAUCGGGCUCUGCGGCGGUGUUGCUAGUCUCCGGCUGCCCAACUGCAGCUCCAAAGAGUCCAAGGGAAGAAGAAGACUGUCACCUAGAUUGAAAUUAAUAAUUUCCGUAGUCUCUGCCUUUCUUGGAAUAGCUCUGGUUUUUGUCCCUUUAUAUCUCUGCUUGCUAAGAAAGAAAGGGAAAAAAACUGCAUCAUCAAGUGCCAACUUGGCAAACUCUAUGCUGCAAGUGUCAUAUACUACUCUUCUAAAAGCUACUGAUGGGUUCUCUUCAGAUAAUUUGAUUGGUUCUGGUAGCUUUGGAUCUGUGUACAAAGGAGUUCUUGAUAAUCCUGAUAGGUCACCUCAACUUGUUGCCAUUAAAGUUUUUAACCUGUCACGCCAAGGAGCUUCUAAGAGCUUCCUAGCUGAAUGUGAGGCGCUAAGAAAUAUCAGGCAUCGAAAUCUUGUCAAGAUUAUAACUGCGUGUUCAAGUGUUGAUUUUCGCGGUAAUGAUUUCAAGGCUCUUGUUUACGAGUUCAAGGAAAACGGAAGCUUAGAGGAGUGGCUGCAUCCAACUUCACCCAAGAAUUUGAGUCUUGUUCAGAGGCUGGACAUUGCCAUGGAUGUUGCUUGUGCUCUGGAUUAUCUUCAUAAUCAUUGCGAGACACAAAUAGUUCAUUGUGACCUCAAGCCAAGCAAUGUUCUUUUGGACAAGGAAUUGACUGGCCAUGUUUCUGACUUUGGACUAGCAAAAUUUCUCUCGAAACUAACCAGCAAUGUGUCAGAAAAUCAUCAAACAAGUUCCAUUGGGGUAAGAGGAUCAGUUGGCUAUGCAGCUCCAGAGUAUGGCAUGGGAAGUGAGGUGUCAACUUAUGGGGAUGCCUAUAGCUUUGGCAUUCUCUUGUUAGAGAUGUUCACAGGGAAGAGACCUACCGACGACAUGUUUAGUGGCGGCUUGAACCUUCAUAAUUUCGCGAAGAUGGCUUUCCUAGAUCGGCGAGUUACAGAGGUUGCUGAUUCACUGCUUCUUCAAGAAGGUACCAGUGACAGCAUCGUGAUACCUCGAAAAAUCGAAGAAUGCUUGAGUUCGAUAUUCGGAAUUGGGAUUGCGUGUUCUGCUGAAUCCCCAGCAGACCGAAAGGAUAUCGGUGAUGUUGCAUCUGAGUUGCACUCCGUUAGGAACAAGCUUCUUGUGUAGAAGCUUUUGCUACUCUAUUUUUAUUUUCCAGUUUUUAUGUGCUACAUGCGUGUUCUUGAUGCUGCUAUAGUGCAUGAGGAAAUUUGCAAGUAAAUAAUCAGCAAUGAGAUGUGGAGUGCAAUGGAGUGGGAGCCAUUCUGGGGUCAUAUGUUGAAGCCAUUGGAGUUGAUCAUGUUGGUCCCAAUUACUUUUGGUGUUUUUGGUAAUGUAGUUGGGUGGGUGGGUGUCCAUAGAAGAUUUCACUUGUAGAUUCGAACAAGGGUGUCUAGAGAAAGUAGGUCGUGAGGUAGGGCCAGAAUAUUCCCCGUCAAAGCUUGUGAGGUGUUUUUCAAAAUGAAAGUGAUUCUCGACUGUGGUCACUGACUCACUGGUGGAGAGUUUGUUGCCUGCCUGCUAUUCAUGGGGUCAAGCUACUGAGAGGAUUUCUCUC